AUGCCCCGAAUCGAAUUCGUUCAUGUCGUCGACUUGAAAAAUCAGCACAUUACUGUCAGUAGAGUUAUUGGUUGGAGUUGGACUAUCCGCGGUCAAACUAUUCUGAAAAGCAAUUUAAAGAAUACUUUUCGCUUGUCACGACAAAUCUUCCCAACCAUUCUUCACAAGAUUGAAAACCAGUUGGAUAAAAAAUUAAAACAGAGCUGCCAGUUUCUUUUCUUGUUUCUUGUUUUGCCAGUUUCUUUUUUUGCCAGUUUCUUUUUUUUCUGUCAGUUUUUUCCUCUUAGAGUUCAUAAAAUUGUCAUUGAGGAUUGUGAAAUAAUGAUUACACAUUUAUGGCAGGAUUAUGUGUCUACUUAUUUUCCAUUGACGGAAGAACAUAGAUUAUGAAAGAGGAAAUCAUUGAUAUGGAAGUUAUUUUGGAGCAGUAAUUGUUGCAGUAAGCAACGCUUACAUUUGGAAUCCAUCCCUCAAUUUCUUCGUCUGUAUGCUAUAUAUGUAAUACAACGAUAUUUAGUCGAUUUUUCGCAAUUAGAACAUGGAUGUUGUUUGUCCGCCAUGUUGAAAAUCACACUUUGUGGAGUCCACGAAGAGUGUUGUUAUUGAUUUUAGGGUACAGUUGUGGAUAACAAUCUAAUUUUAUCCAAUGCGACGGAAAUUCGACGUAUAAAUCAAUGUCGCGUUUCGGUCGCAUUACACGACUGAUCAGUCAAUUUAUACGUCGAAUUUUCGUCGGAUGUCAUGACUUGACUGAAAUUCGACGCAUCAAAUUCGACUGAAAUUCGACGUAUAAACUAGGCCUUAUAUAUACUAGAUAGAGGCACUGCAUCUAAUUAUUCUGCAAUUCAAAAAUUGAAGCAGUGAUUGCAGUCUCAGGAUAUUCCCAUGCAUUAAAUGAGAAGAUUCGUAUGAUUUUUAUUUUUUAAUUAAACAGGGAACUUAAACAUUAAGAUAAACCUAUUCCAAAUACAUUUUAUACUAUUGAAAUGAUGAAAGUUAUUGUUGUUUUUAAGCGUUUACUAUGGCGAGUGGGAACUACCAACAGCUGAAAUAUUCUUUGCUUCAGUUUUACUAAAAGAGAUGCGCUAUCCAGAUUAUAUGAAAAUCUAUGGUUUCGCUAUUUUACGCCUGAAAGCGCUAGAAAUUUGUUUUUAACACCAUUUAAGCUACGUUAAGCGUCUCCACAGCGGAGAUACUUAAAGAAGAUUCGAAAAUGUAAAUAUUGCUUUAUUAUUCCAUGAAUUCAAUUUUCCUUCAAAAUAACUUAGGCAAUAAUUAUCUACGCUAAACAUGCAAGUGUAUUUGUGAGGCGUGUAAGCGUAGUAAACACGCAGAAACUAAAACAGAAGUAAUUUAAAACAGAAUUUUUUUAUUUGGAAGAAAAUUGUUCCCCCCCCUUUCCACCCGCCAAAGUGGAAACUUCUUUAAAUCGCACUUUCAUGGUUGAGUAGCCUAUCAAAACUCAGGAUUGGUAAUCACAAAUCAUGGUUAACAUAAGUGUAAACUAAAAAUAAUAGGCAAAUAUAAAUAUAAAUUGUUUGAUUUAGUUUUCUUAGUUGCAAAUGUGACAUUGGAAAGUUUGCAAACUGAUGUAACUGAAACUACGGCUGACGCUGUUGUCCUUGUUAAAGUGAACGGUAUAAGAGAAAGGAGCAUAUACGUCAAGUGAGUUAAAUUUUUUAUAAGAAUCACAUAAACUCAAAAAUAAUGUUGCCCUAAUCUACUUUCAUUUUCCUCGCCCUUCUCAUGUCGAAUAUAGAGGUAGGAAAUUCCGUUUUGCCAAUGAGAAUAUCAAAUCUUAUAUCAUACUAUUUCCUUACAGUUUUGUUAGUGUUUUUUUUUUAGUUUAGCCCCCGAGUAGUUAACUUAUGCAGAUUCUCCCAUCGAGAAAAGAUAAAAGCAGAUACAGGAAAAAUACUAGAAUAUUUUCCAAACAUUUAUUUCAAUAUUGUGGUUCGUAAUUCACGUUGUAGAAUAGAUAUACUUUAUAGUACAUUUGCAACAUUUGAGAGUCCUAAGACCUUGGUACAUUCUUUCCUCUCAGGGCGAAUAAAAAAAAACAGAACAGAUUUGAAAAUGCUCUCCAUUUCCCAAAACAGCUAUUAGUAUCCAGUUUUUGAUGUAUAUAACUUCCUUUGGUACUUAUAAUAUAGAACAAUGAAAAAAAUUUCUCGAACUCAAAUUUUGUGAACCAGGGGUUGUGUCUUUUCCAACAAAUUAAAAAUGGCUUGCGCACGAAAUUUAAAUGCUUUAAUAAUAAUAUUUUGAGUUAAUAGGUGGAAAAUUUGUUGGGAUUUUAGUUACUGGACAAAAUUUCAGACAAUUUGCUUUAGUUUACGCCUUUAACUAUUCAUUUUUCUCUAAAAAAUCAGCCUUCCGCAUGCUUAAUUAAUGCCUUUACCUAAUUUGCAUAUUGCCGACAUAUGCAAAUUAGGCAAAGGCAUUAAUUAAGCAUGCAAAUAGCUGAUUUUUAGGAAAAAAUGUAAGUUUGCGUGAAUAUUUAAACGACUUAAACUGAAGCAAAUUGUUUGAAAUUUUGUACAGUAAUUAAAAACCCAACAAAUUUUCUACAUAUCUACUCACGCUAUGAUUAAAGCUUUUAAAUCUCGUGCGCAAGCCAUUUUUAUUUCGUUGGAAACGACACACACCCCUGGUUUACAAAAUUUGAGAUUUUCAUUAUUCUACAUUACUAGAAAAUACAUGCAUGCAGAAACCCUCGCCUUGCUGACAAAACCGUUGUAUUUUCCGAACAUGAAGUAUCUAAAGUAGUUGUCAUGGUAACACGAUAAUUUUUUAAGAAUAUUCUUACAAAUGAAAAUCGCCUAAAAAUAUCACUUUUAAUUACAAAAUUAUCAAUUUCCCAACAUAUUUAUGUUAGGUAUGUAAUUAUACGUAAUACAAGCUUCAAUUUAAAGUAAAAUUCAACCACAAACAAUUCACAAAACGUUUUAAAGUGUUCUUUAUAAAACUAAACUGCUUUUAACUAUUAACUGGCUUUAUCGAUAAACUUUGAGUUUGCAAUAAAAUGAUUUCAAAUUCUCGCUUGCAAAUAACUUUGCUUUAUUUUUUUAUUUAAAAAAUUCAAUAUAAUAAAAAAGGGAAUCAAUAUUAAAGAUACACUGAAAUUAUAUGCUGUCUUGUUUAGUUGUUUCAUAUACGCAAAGACCGUCGGGUUUUAAAGCAAUUAUAAAAUCAAUAUUUAAAACAAACUUACCUUCGUUAACGUCGGCUCCCUUCUUUUAGCUGAUUCUUUCGCCCUUUCUUUCUUGAAAUUUUCAAAAUCUUGCAGAAAUACGAGCAAAAUGAAGAAUAUUUGCAAGAAAUUAGUCAAUCAUCAACUCAUCAAAUCAAGAUAUGUUUGUUGUUUGCUAUUUCGCUGUCGUGAUGCAGCCGUUAUAAUGCAAACUUUAAAUUGGACCAAUCAGUGUCUGUUAUUCAUGACAGUCCGCCAUAUUUUUGAGAUCAGUGAGGAUGACCACCCAUCGUUGGUGACCGACGCCCGCGCUCAUUGAUGAACUUUAGACUUCCCUAAUGCUUUCGUUUCCCCGGGUGUAAAUAGCCGGGGGGAAUUAGUACCCUCGCACGGCGCUUCGCGCCGCCGGCUCGGGGAUAAAUACCCAAUGAAGCCAUAUAUUUAAAAAAACUGGAUAAUAAAAGCUGUUUUGCGAAAUUGAGAGCAAUUUCAAAUCUGUUCAGUUUUUUUUAUACACCCUGUAUAUGCUGUCAUUUUGACAGUCUAAAACCUAUAUGUUUACAACCUGUUUAAUCCCUAUGUUUCUAUCAUUGCUUAUUCAUUUUUGUCCCAUACAGUGUAUCGACGUAUGAUGUUUCUGCCUUGGCUGUGUUAAAUGACUACGAAGCAAAGUCCGAAUUAGUAACAUUACAAUCAAAUAGUUUUCAGUUGCCAUUCCUUGUGCGUAUCCUUGACGAUAACGUUGUUGAAAAUACUGAAGAGUUUGGAAUUCGUGUCACAUCAUCUGAUCCACAAGUGAACGUUGUAAAUGGCAAUAUUCUUGUUUCCAUAACGGAUAAUGACAGUGAGUAUCUUACUUUCUUAUACGUUUAUGCAUCCGGAACGCACCAGAGUAUAAACAGUAAAUCCAUGUAUGUCCGUUAUCCCAGGUUUCAUGCGUGGACCACCCAAUAAACCAAAAAUAUGGCGAAUGCCAUAAGUGAGUUAGGUCGAAUUUGAGAAAGAACAUUAAUGUGAAGGGCAGAAAAAUCGUUUAUCAAUUUAAAUUAAAUGGGAUGCGCAGCUAAACAGUUCAUUUGUUUCUGCUUCAUAACAAGAAAAUACGGGCCUAUAAUUACAUUCCAGCAAGUUACAUUACGUAAAACACAACGCAAGUUUAAUUUAACUAGAAAUACAUGCAUGCAGCAACUCCUCGCAUGUAUUUUUUCCAAACAUUGAUUUAACAUGAAGUAUUAGUAAUUGAUUAACACAGAACGCAGGCUCGCGUUUACGUCAGUGUUGUCAUGGCAACACGAUAAAUUUAAUUUUUAUUAUAUUUUUGGCACAACACGCCAAAAAUAGUUGAAAGAUUAUUGCUUUUAACUAUACAGGGUGUAUAAAAAAUAACUGCACAGAUUUGAAAUUGCUCUUAAAUUCGCAAAACAGCUAUUAGUAUCCUGUUUUUGAUGUGUAUAGCUUCUUUGGGUACUUAUAAUGUAGAAAAAUGGAAAAAAUUUCUGUAACUCAAAUUUUGUAAACCAGGGGGGGUGUCUUUUCCAAAAAAAUAAAAAUGGCUUGCGCACGAAAUUUAAAAGCUUUAAUCAUAUUUUGAGUUGAUAGAUGGAACAUUUGUUGGGUUUUUAAUUUCUGUACAAAAUUUCAGACAAUUUGCUUUUGUUUAAGGUAAACUAGAAUUGUUAAAGGUAACUAUUCAUUUUUCUCUAAAAAAUUAGCCUUUCGCAUGCUUAAUUAAUGCCUUUACCUAAUUUGCAUAUUGCUGACAUAUGCAAAUUAGGAAAAUGGCAUUGAUUAGCAUGCAAAUGGUGAUUUUUUAAGAAAAAAUGUAAGUUUGCGUGAAUGGUUAAAGGGCGUAAACUGAAGCAAAUUGUCUGAAUAACAGUAAUUAAACACCCAACAAACUUUCCAUCUGUUAACUUAAAAUAUGAUUAAAGCUUUUAAAUUUCGUGCGCAAAGCCAUUUUUAAUUUGUUGGAAAAGACACACACCCCUGGUUCACAAAAUUUGAGUUCGAGAAAUUUUUUCCAUUUUUCUACAUUAUAAGUACCCAAAGAAGCUAUAUACAUAAAAAAACUGGAUACUAAUAGCUGUUUUGCGAAUUUAAGAGCAAAUUUCAAAUCUGUGCAGUUUUUUUAUACACCCAGUAUAACUAGAAAUUACUAUCGCAAGGUAAGUGCCGCCUCACUCCCAAGGGAUCAAAGGCAGCAUGCGCAAUUUGAUGAAUAAGAGCCUGUUUAGUUUAUAUGAUCCCGCAUUGCCAGGACGAGAUGUUUGGCGGGAUGAUUUCGAUGAUUGAAAUAAGUCACAGUGCACGAUUCAGCAAAAAACGUCAUUAUUUUCUGGAGAUAGGUUAUAGUUAACUGUAAACGAAUGGUUCAAGCAAUAAUAAUUUUCUUGAACUACAAGAUCUUCUCUACAGUUCAGUUAAUUUAACCAGCAUUCGAACAGCCCUAAAACGCCUGUGCAGCAAGUAGGAAAAGUGCAAUUUGGAUAUCAAACACCUUGCAAGCUUUCUCAAAUUAAGUCAAAGUUCAGCUUAAUAUUCUAAUUCUACUUUCUAGAUAGGUAUGGGUAGUUUUAUAUGAAUACCAUCAAUGCUUAUAAUUUCUUGCUUAUGUGUAUGUAUAACUCAUACUUGUCCAAUAUUAUUAUAAGUAAUAACAUGACUAGAGGGAAAUUAGCAGAUUAAAUUUCCCGACGCCGAGGGAAGAUUUGUGAAAGUCCGACGGCGAAGCCCGAGGACUUUCACAAAACUUCCCAAGGCGAAGGGAAAUUAAUCGCUAAUUUCCCGACUAGUCAUGUUAUUAGUUUGUAAUAUUAUGAUCGCCGAGGAAAACUCAAAAAAGUUUGCUGCAGAGACAAGUUUAGCUGUUUGAUUUUGUAUUUUUCAAUGAAGUUGUUUAUGAGUUUGACUAUUGAUUGAAAUAAGUGUACCUUUGGGACAUGCUUUGUUGUUGUGAGACUUAUGUAAAUCACUGCAUUGAUUUUAAACUUAGUUUUCGAAUAUGGCUGCAACUGGAAAGUUAUAUUUUGUGUCAGACAGGGCAGUUGAAAAUGUUCGAAAAGAUAGAGUGCCAAAGAAUACCAUAAGGCACACUACGUGGAGUACAAAUGUGUACAACGCGUGGGUUAAAGAGAGGAACGAGCAGUUUAAAGAUUUUCAGGCAGAAAGAAACGAAUUUCAGAGGAUCUAUAAAUCUAAGUGGUUUGCUUCACUGCUAUAGUCACGUAAUAUAAACAUAAAUAUAAACGGACGUUGAUAGCAUGAAUUUUACAGUUGGUCUUGAGUUGGAGUUUAACGUUUAAUUGUUUAGCAAAGUCAUAUACUUGUGUACAUUUAAAAUCUAAUAAUUAUGUUGAAUAAAAUUGUUGAGUGUUUUAGGUUUUCCGCUUGCAUUAAAUAUGGAAGCGGGAAAUUUAGUAAAAGACAAAGGAUUUCUUUGUCUACUAAUCAUCCCGUGCAUUUUUGAUGAGGGAAGAUUAGUAGACAAAGAAAUCUUUUGUUUUUUUACUAAAUUUCCCGGGGAAAUUUAGUAGACAAAGCGAAAUAUUCCCUGUUGCAUGCGUAAUGAGGAAAAUACGGGAUUUAAAUUCCCUAUGAGAACAAUAGAAAACGAGGCGAUCAUCAUAUUACGAUAUGUAACGCAUGGUAAAAGUGUUUUACGAUCGGUAAAUUCGAUACCAAUAUCUGGCUUACCCACCACCAGUGGUGUACAGAGAAACAUGAUAUCAUUUUCAUCAAUGCGUCUGGACGGUCUGGUAUUAUUUCUACCAUCGGUACACUUUGUACCAAUAUCUCUCGUUUCAGAAAAACAAACAUUAUAUAAUCAAAACAAAUACAUAGCGCGCAAAUUACAACAAACAUUAUACAAUAAUUUAUAAUGUUGUAUCCGCCGUUCUUCAAAAACCUAAUUCAAAACGAAUACUAGCUUAGCGCGCAAAUUACAACAAACAUACAAUAAUUUAUCGUAUUGCCUCGUUCUUUGAUACCUUCAAUUAUUCAAAACGAAUACAUAGCGCGCAAAUUACAACAAACAUCAUACAAUAAUUUAUAGUAUUGACCUUAUUCAACGUAAUAGCCAAUAUACUAUACAGCUAUUUCAAUUAAGGUUGUCCACAAGGAAAGCGGAAAAGGCUGCAUGGGAAUCGCUAACAAAUUAAUGAAUUUUCAAAGCGGUUCCCGGCAGCCUUUCGCGCACGUAUUCGACUUUUCCGCUUUGCUCGUGAACAACCUUAAUUGAAAUAGCUGCAGUAUACACUAUAUGCACUCACGCAAAUACUGCAUACACAUAGACUAUAGUAUAGACUCGAGUAUACACUAUACAUUUAUUCAUAUAACAUAUAACAAUGGACAUUUCUCAAAGCACAUUGCUAUAAACAUUUAUAGAAUGAACACUAUAAACACAUCGCCUUGGCACAUCGCUACACAACAAAUAAAGUGAAAGUAUUCAUUUUGACUCCUUGUAUCUAAGUGUAUCAGUGGGCUAUUAAAACUGCUGAUAAAUUCAUGAAAUCAUAUUGUUUCAAUACCUCUAUAUCGAACACUAAACAGCAGAUCUAAAUAUAAAUGCCUUCAAGUGCAUCGCCAGAAAGAAAUAAAGCUAUCUUUACCUGAAUUAUUCAAUAUAUUGUCGAUCGUUUGCAUCGUGAAAAUCCAACAUACUGCAUGUAAACCAGUCGCUUUAUACUGGGAAAACACGCUGCUUACUGCUUGGCCGACCACCAAAUCACAUCGCCAAUGCAGUUUUCCAGUGCCGACACAGUUAUUCGAUUCCAUUCGGAUUGUUUUCGUAAAAUCCCUGUGUAUGCCAUUUUGUAAUUGCUACGUCAUUUUACGUCACAAAUUCGCCAACAUCACGACACAAAAUCUCGCCUGAAUGCAAUAUAUACAUCCGACCGGGAGACUGGGACGAAAUUAGUGUGCCGCCUCGCUUCGCUCGGCAGCAACAAUGAAUUUCCGAAAUAUGUACUGUAGGUAUAUGCUAAUGUUCUGCAUUUUGUGAGCUUUGAUUUAAUGUAAAAUUUAACCUGAAUCUCUUCAGUCGUAAAAUGUUUUGAAAUGUUCAUUUUAAACUAUAAACUGCUUUUUCCGAUAAACUGCACGGGUUUUUAGUUUAUAAAACAAAAUAAGUUCAAAUUAUUGAGUAAUUUCAGUUCGGUUUUUAAAUUAAUUUGCUCUCCUUUACAUUUUACCUUUUUUUCUUAAAUAAGUAAUUUAGCAAAUUUUAAUGCAGCUUCAUUCAAAGGAAAGCAGUGCAUGUGUUACGCAAUAAAUUGAAGCAACAAAAUUCAUAAACAUUAAACAUUCAAAGCAAACUUGCCCUAUACUCCACGAUUUUCCACAGUAAAUCAAUUCUUCUCAUUUCUUCAAACAAAAAUUGCUUCAAAGCUCAUUGUGCACGUGAUUUUCCAAAUAUAUGCUUUUGAAAAUUUUGAAAAUGCAUAAUGAUAAAUCGUUGCUGUAGCUAAGGAUUUGCCAAAAAUUGUACAUAUUUAAAAACUGUACUUGCUACGUGUUACUUUUGAAAAUAUGACGGCCUUUGCACCACGAGAUUAGAGCGCUUCUGAUUUACCUCAAAGGCUUCCGAAACAUAAUAUUUCCUAUCUCAAUUGAUCAAAGAACAAAACGGUGUUCGCGUUUUUUGACAGGUAUUGUAUUUGCUUUGAUCAUGAUAUAAACCAGACAAUUAAGUUGACUCAUCUAAAUUUUAAUUGGGAGAACGGCAGAACAUGCAGAUGCCUAUAGCUUGAAAAGUAUGACAUAAACUAAAAAACGCGAUCAUGGUUUUGCUCCUGCACAAUUGUUCAACAUUGUGGCCAAGUUUGGAAGGAAUCGAAUAAAACGUGCGCGUUUUUCAACUAUUUUUGUGGGGACAAUCUGAGAAUAUUUCAAUCUCCGUAAAAGACGACAUUAGAUUUCGCGGGGUUUUUCUGCUCUCUGCAUGUUAUUACCUCGAAGUGUAAUCGGAUUAAAAUUAGUAAAGUGUGUUUUGGCAACGGUUUUAGGUGUCAUUUACUCACUAUCAGUUUACCACGAACAACAACUUCAACUUUCAACUUUAUUAAUAAGAACAAAUAAAUUACGUUACACAUUUCUAUCUGGUCCGCAAAUAGCAAAGCUAUAGUCUAGGCGGACUCGUGCAGGCAGAUUAAAUUAUUCCGUUAUAAAAAAAUUAAUAAGGGUAAUAUAAUAAGAAUAAGUAAUAAUUUGAGAAAUACAAAUGAAAAACCAAAAAAGACCGUCGGCAUGCCUGCUUCAUAUAAAAAUAAAUAGAGUUCAAGGAAUACAUUAUUUUUAACAUUUUGUAUUAGCAUUAACUUGUUUAAUUUUUGGAAUGAUCAUUGAAGUGUUAAUAAACAUGUCUUCUGAUUGAAGAAUAUAUAAUAAAGUUUUAUUUAGUUCUCUUUUGAAACCGUACAUGCGAGAAACCACACAAAAAAGCUUGCUAAUAUGCUGGAGAAAUUCAAAUUUAAAAAGGGGAUAGCUAUUAUACAGACCUAUGAGGCGCCAAAUAUGACAAAAUAGAUCAUAGUUGUGUGAUAUAUAUUACUGCAAAUAUAUACAGUAUAACUCGUGAUGAAUAGGUUACUCUUCCAAAUAUUUAAUUAUUGUAAGCGCGUGAUAUACAUUACAAAUCAUGGUUUAUAUCACAACUCGUGAUAUAGAUCACAUUUCAGCUCGUGAUAUAGGUUACAAAUCAUGGUUUAUAUCACAACUCGUAAUAUAGAUCACAAUCCACAAUGCAGCUCGUGAUAUAGGUUACAAUUUCGCGUUCGGAAUUACUUCAUCUUAUGACCCAUAUAGUGGAGGGAAGGCUAUUUUAUAUUCAGGGGGGGGGGAUGUUUCAAAUUUUAAAAUGUUUUCAGGGUUUCAAAAUGGCGUCAUGAAUGGACCUUUUCCCUUAUAACUAAAAUUUUGAACUAGACAAAUCUAGCCAACAAUUUCAUCCAGCUUGAAAGAGCAUCACAAAAUUAGUAAUAUUCCAAAGUUUCGUUGAGAAACGUUGUAAAAUGCGGAUAAAUAUAGCCUUGCGAAAUUUGCAAUUUUCAGUCAUUUUGUAUUACAAACGGGAAAUUGAUGCCCCAACACCCAAUUGGGCUGUCAAUUUCCCGUGCGUAAUACAAAAUGACUGAAAAACGGCAAACUUCGCAAUAAUACUAAUUUUGUGACGCUCUUUCAACCUGUGAUGAAAUUUUUCUCUCGAUUAAAAUUUUAGUUAUAAAGGGAAAGGUCCAUACAAGCCCAGAAAUAAACAUCGAAGCUUUCUUGAGAAAUAGUCCAAAUCAAAUUACAGAGGCGCGUCGUCAAUUAUUUUGUGACAAUAUCAAUGUUGUUGAGUUUAUCCAGCGAUGCCUAGAAGACAAUUUAUUUGUUGUAAAUAUACUUCUCCAGCGUGCAAUAGAACGCAUUGACGAUCGACAAAUUCAGAAUGAUCUUGGUAUUUUGGUGUCUGAAUUGCAAUCUUUGUGCAAUAGUUACGACGCGCUUUGGAUCAGAAAUCAGAACUUAGCUAACCCGCUGAGUUUUACUUGUCCAUUACACGCGUAAAAACGCUCAGGUUGAUGCAAUACUGAUGAAAACAGGAUUGAACAAUGUUUUGCUGCCCACAUUGUUCAUAGCUGUCAACAAUAUUGAACAAUAUUGUUACAGCCGAUUCAGGCUCAACAGCAUUGUUCAAUAUUGUUGACAAGUGUGAACAACGUGGGCAGCAAAACGUUGUUCAGUCCUGUUGAGCAACGGGCUCGGCGUUUUUUGCCGUGUAGAGGGAAUUGUUAAAAAAGGAAGAAGACGAUACAGUCUUCUGCAGAAUGCUUUGACCAACUUACAUGGGAUACACCGCAGCUGAUGAUCUCAAGUUGCUGCGGAAAUUGGAGUGAGCUACCGAACUAUAUUACGACGACGCCACGAGUACCGCUUACCAGUCAGCAACACAAGUGGGCCACGAAACACGUUUACUGAAAUUACCCAUACUGAUUUGUGUAAUGUUGUUCGAGAGGUUCUCCAGAUUUUACCUAACGCUGGUGAAACGUUUGUGUUGGGCGCCCUAGGGCAACGAAAUAUUCAUAUUCAACGAUGGAAAGUGUGAAAUGCAAUUUGCAGUGUAGACCCUUUUACGUCGUGCUUUGAGGCGAAGUGUUGCCAUUCUACGCCGUGUUUACAAUGUUCCAUGCCCUAAUGCAUUGUGGUAACUUUUGUGUACACUACCACAGAGUAGAGACAUACAGAGUUAUAACUACUGUGCCCAUUUUUUUGUGCGCAUGCUUGGCAAGUUACUAGAGGCAUGCAUCCAAUUGCAUGACGACUCACUUUAACUGCUCGCGGAACUUGCAAAGUUGAUCAUUUUUUGCCCGGUCACCUGAAAAAAGUGUGUACAUGAAAACGUAAGCUUCCGCAGUGUUUACGACGGUCAGUUACAGCUCAAAAUCAAAGCGAAGGCGCGAAGCACAACAAUAAAUAUGUCGUCCAAUUAAUGGUCCAAUGUAAUGUCCCCCCCCCCGGAAUAUAAAAUAGCCCUCCAUCCACUAUAUGGGUCGUAAGAUGAAGUAAUUCCGAAUGCGAAAUUGUAACCUGUAUCACGAGCUGCAUUGUGGAUUGUGAUCUAUAUCACGACUUGUGAUAUAAACCAUGAUUUGUAACCUAUAUCACGAGCUGAAUUAAUUGUGAUCUAUAUCACGACUUGUGAUAUAAACCAUGAUUUGUAACCUAUAUCACGAGCUGAAUUAAUUGUGAUCUAUAUCACGAGUUGUGAUAUAAACCAUGAUUUGUGAUGUAUAUCACGCGCUUACAAUAUUUAAAUAUUUGGAAGAGUAACCUAUUCAUCACGAGUUAUACACAAUAUUUAAAUAUUUGGAAGAGUAACCUAUUCAUCACGAGUUAUACUGUAUAUAUUUGCAGUAAUAUAUAUCACACAACUAUGAUCUAUUUUGUUAUAUUUGGCGCCUCAUACAGACCGAUCUAAAUCGGCCAAACGAAAAUGCAGUAUAGGUUAAGAUCUGCCGUGCACCACGAAGACACAAGCGAGGUUGAAGGUCACACAUCCGCGGUAUCGAGUAUCACAUCAAGCCAGAUAAACGGGGCACAUAUUGUCAAUUACAAUUACAACUUUCGCGGCAAAAGAAUAAGUAGUUAUAACAUUUUUUGUUAUAUUUCGGACGCAUUUUAAUAAUUUGGAAAAAAACUUGCGGCAAUCGAGAGAUUUCCAGCCCCUGAAUAUAAAUCAAUAAAAAUGUAGUCUAAAAAAUAAUGAAAUCAGUGUUUUCAUCAUAUAAUGUAACCUUAAAUACUUUAUAUUCGGAAAAUAUAAUGGUUUUGUCAGCAAGGCAAGGGUUUCUGCAUGCAUGUAUUUUGUAGUAUAUUAUUAUACAAAGUUUUAAACAAAAAAGAGAACGGGGAAAGAAAUAAAAUUGACGUUUUUGACACAUUUUUCCACUUAAUGCUCGUAAAAUCUGAAAGUUUGAAAAUAACGGUGUUAAUCAGCAUAAUUUAUGUUCAUCAAUAUGUCAUAAAUUAACAAUUAACCAGCUGAUUAAUAUACUACUUUUAUAUCUUUGGAAAAUGAUAGUUUGUAUUUAUUACAUUGGAUAAUCAUUUGACUGAUAUUCUGUGGUGCAUGUAUACUAUGUAUAUUGUUUUUCAAGUGUGUCAUGCAGAAAGGAAAAAUUCCAGUAUUAAACAACAUACGAAAAACAAUGUAACAGUGAUUAAUAUCAAAAUAGUGUGUUAAUAUUAAAUUAUUUUGUACAAUAACUGGAAAAUGAGUUUUUAAAAUUUGUCAGAUCUGAGAUGUCUGCAACUAAACAUGUCCGGUCAAUCUUUACAAGUUCGAACUGACACUUGACAUUUUCUAACAAGGAAUUACAAACUGUGUUGCACCCUUGGGUAUUAUAUAGUGCGAAAACUGUUUGAUAUGGAGUACUAAUUCAUACUUUUAUAUUCUGGGCACCAUCUUGGAUAUUCAGCCUAAAGUUAUUCCAAGGCCCCAUAAUUUUUUACGAAUUUUGGCCAAGGAUUUUUUACAGUUUAAUUUGUUAAGCCUGGUUGUUUCUCAAUGCACGGACACAAUAUUAUUUGAUAAACCGUUCCAUACUCCGUGCUGUGUUUGUUCUGCAUUUGUAUUCUGUGGUACAUUAGAGUGGUUUUCACAGAAUAUUUAAUUUAUUAAGAUAUGAAAGUCUACAAAAUCGUGCCCCAAAACCCUCGUGGAAGAAAAAAUACGGUGAAAAUAUAUGCAUUUUACAUCCAAAAGAUAUGGGACCUGCAUGUAAAUUUGUGUACACAUACACAUAGCCCGUAUUUGAUUGAUAUUGAGAUAGCCACGCACAAUUUCUCUUUCAGAAAUUGGGUUAUCCAUUGGACAGAUCGUCUAUCGAGUGAAAGAAACUGAUGGGUCCGUCUCAGUAGAAGUGGUUGUAACUGGCGAGACAGCUGUCGAUAUCGCAGGAAGGUAUUGUAUUUAAGCAUUGGGUAAAAAGACAAAUUACAAGGCAAUCGUGCGCACAACGAGAACGCGGACUUAACCAGGUUUUAUCGUAUUAUUUACUCUUUCCUUUGCAAGAAGGCAGUAAUAAAAUUUCGUUGUAAAUGGAUAUUGCGAGCGUUUCCAAAUAAUAAUUACAACGAAAAAAUUAUUUUAGUCGAAAGCUCAAGAAAGCAGGCCUUUUUAAAUAUCAUGUAUAUUGUAACUAGUCGCAAGUUUGGACUAAUUAUUUUCCCAAUUGCUAUCGAAGCAGUUCGCUCCUCAAAUCUACAUUGGUGAAAACUUUAGUAUAAAUAUUGCUAUAAUAGACCAUUAAACUGGUUUCUAAAUCUUCUAUGUUUAGUAUGCUACGUACUGUAGAUGAGACAGCCAAAAGUCCCGAUGACUACACAUCCGUAGUUCAAAAUCUUGAAAUUAUGCUGGGAGAGAAUAAAAAAAUGUUGCAAUAG